AUGGAGUCUCCGCCCGAGGACCACCAGUGUGGGCCCUACUGCGUGAGAGCUUGCACUUUGGAUGUGAGACCUGAAUUUGAGCAGGAUCGAGAGCCGGAAGACAGAGACGGCUACUUGGUGCAAGGAGGUCGUCUGGCCUUCGUGGGUGGCGUGAAUUACGUCAACCUCCUCAGCCUCGGCUACUGGAACCAAGGAGCCGUCUGGAACCACCAGGGUCGCAAUGGUGGUGGCCAGGAGCCGGAGCAGCAGCCAGAGGAGGAGCCAGCGGAGGGGCCAGCGGAGGGGCCACCGGAGGAGCCAGGCUUAGCGGCGGCUAUGGUCCAGGCGCAGCAGCAGCAGCAGCAGGGCCCGCCACGCCGCCGUAGGCAGCACAGGAAGUUCACGGCCAUGCAGCUGCAGGAGUUGGAGGAACUCUUCCAGGAGACUGAGUACCCGGACCUUCUUACCAGACGGGAGAUUGCGAGACGCUUGGGUGUGACUGAAACCAGAGUGCAGAUUUGGUUUAAGAAUAAGAGAGCCAAGAAUCGGAGAAAUGAGAGAGCAGCCAUGGUUCAAGCUCCACCACCUGCUGCCUUAAGGCAACUUUACUUCUUCCUGACGGAUGUGCCCUAA